UGGGAACUGGGGAAACAUUUAGUGUCUGCAUCUAAGUGGAGAGCUGGAGUCUCUCAUGGGACUCGGUGAGAAGAAUUCAAGCUUUAUGUACCAUAAAGCUCUUUGGAGUUUUAUCUUUGCUCUACGUCAGGAACACUCAAUGCAUGAUUUUUACCAUGACUUCUUGGUCUCUGCUGGCGAAGUGUUGUUGUUCAGACAAAAGGACUGUACCCCACCAUGCCAUGAGCCAUGUGGGACAUACCAGCACCUGCUUUGUGUGCAAGCUGGAGGGAUGGUUGAAAAGAGCACAGGCUCUGGAGUCUGACUGAUUGGGUUUGCACACUUACUCUCCCACUCGUUGGUGCAUAAACAUGGGCAAGGUAACCUCUUUGGGACUGAGUUUCCCCACCUGCAAAGUUUCUACUGUGUUGUAGUGAAGAGCAUGUGAGAUAAGGCAGAUAAUGGGAGCACAGGAAAUGCUUAAUAAACACUGUGUUAUUUUUGUUGGUAGUGUUUAGAAACUCUCUGCAUUAUUUUCUGUUAUGCUCACAUUGCAGAGCUAGCCUCAGAAAGACACGUUUUUCCAUGCAGAAAUCUCACAUUCACAAGUUUAUAAAUUGUGAACAGCCUGGCGACAUGAUAAGGCACUGUGUUCCCCCGAUGGCAUAUUUCUGAAGCACAGCAUGCUCAAAAUUUUAUCUUCCCAUUUUACAUGCUUUUGCAGACAGCACAAUAUGGAACCGGUCAGGCUCCUAAUUAUGACAGCAGUCCAGAGCCAGAAUCCAAUCAUCCAGUUGACAAAGGACUUGGUACAGAGAACGGUGACCAGCUGUUCCCCAUCUCCAGUGAGCAGCAAGCUUAUGUACAGAAGUACGUCGUGAAGAAUUAUUUCUACUAUUACCUAUUCCAAAUUUCAGCUGCUUUGGGCCAAGAAGUGUUCUACAUCACGUUUCUUCCAUUCACUCACUGGAAUAUUGACCCUUAUUUAUCCAGAAGGUUGAUCAUCAUAUGGGUUUUGGUGAUGUAUAUUGGCCAAGUGGCCAAGGAUAUCUUGAAGUGGCCCCGUCCCUCCUCCCCUCCAGUUGUAAAACUGGAAAAGAGACUGAUUGCUGAAUAUGGAAUGCCGUCCACCCAUGCCAUGGCGGCCACCGCCAUCGCCUUCACCCUCCUUAUCUCUACUAUGGACAGAUACCAGUAUCCAUUUGUGUUGGGACUGGUGAUGGCCGUAGUGUUUUCUACCUUGGUGUGUCUCAGCAGGCUCUACACUGGGAUGCAUACGGUCCUGGAUGUGCUGGGUGGCGUCCUGAUCACCGCACUCCUCAUCGUCCUCACCUACCCUGCCUGGACCUUCAUUGACCGCCUGGACUCAGCCAGCCCCCUCUUCCCCGUGUGUGUCAUAGUUGUGCCGUUCUUCCUGUGUUACAAUUACCCUGUUUCUGAUUACUACAGCCCAACCCGGGCGGACACCACCACCAUUCUGGCUGCUGGGGCUGGAGUGACCAUAGGAUUCUGGAUCAACCAUUCCUUCCAGCUUGUAUCCCAGCCGGCUGAACCUCUCCCUGUCAUUCAGAACAUCCCACCGCUCACCACCGACAUGUUCGUUUUGGGUCUGACCAAAUUUGCAGUGGGAAUUGUGUUGAUCCUCUUGGUUCGUCAGCUUGUACAAAACCUCUCGCUGCAAGUGCUAUACUCAUGGUUCAAGGUGGUCACCAGGAACAAGGAGGCCAGGCGGAGACUGGAGAUUGAAGUGCCUUACAAGUUUGUUACCUACACAUCUGUUGGCAUCUGCGCUACAACCUUUGUGCCAAUGCUGCACAGGUUUCUGGGAUUACCCUGAGUCUCAAACAGUUGGAAACUAGCCCACUGGACAUGAGAGCCAAGACAUAGGAAAGUUAUUGGUAGGCAAAUCUUGACAACUUAUUUUUCUUUAACAAACAAACAAACAAAAGUCAUACGGCUGUCUUGCUACUACCAGAUAAAUGAUGCUGCUAUGUGAAAGGAAAAA